AGUCAUAAGUUUAUCUUUUCAUAAACAAAUUUUGUGUAUAAAAUAAUAGUUUCAAUGGUUCUUAUUUGAAACAGUACUAAAGAUUAAAAUGAAGGGAUUCGACUUAAUUUUUUAUAUUUUAGCGAUUUUAAUUGUAAUAUUUCAAGCUUUUACCCCGAGUUUAAGCGAACCAACAGGGAGACAAAGAAAAAAUUCUUGCCAUGGAAGAUAUUGUCAAAAAGAUUAAAUGUUUUUUGAAUAAAUAACAUUAAUUUAAAAAUCCCGCGUUUUUAUUUUAAUAUGACAUAACCUUUAAUUUGGUUUUCAUAAAUUUUAGGUUAUGUUAAACGUCAAAUUUGGUCAAAACGUCAAAAAUCAAAAUAAAGAAUGUCUUUUUUGGGUGGUUAUACUCCAAAUUAUUUCUCAAUCGACGAUAUAUUAGCAACACAAGAACGAACACCGAUUAAAUUCACCGUUCACGUCCCAAAAUUAGGUAGCACGUUAAAUCCUUCAAGCGAAGAGGCCGAUAUUAAAAUAGGAACAUCUUUAGAACUCCCUAUUUGGUUAAUAACACAAAUAGCCGUUGGGAGGCAAGCUUUAGCAGCAGCAGAUCUUCCCAAAGUUUACAAAGAGGGUUAUCGAGAAAUUUUAAAAGCAGAUCCGCAGGCGGUUGAUUUACAUAAAUUCGGAUUAUAUUUCUAUGAAUUGGGGAAUUAUGUUAAAGUUUUUGAUAAUAAAGGGGAUGUUAAAGAAAUUUUAAUGCACACUUUUACAGGUCGGGUUCGUAAAAUAAUGGAUUUAGCCGAAAAUGUAGCUUCAAAUCCUAGUGUGCAAGGUACUUUGGAUACUUUAGAAAGAAAAUUGUUUCGAGAUGGGCAUAAAGCAAGAUCAAAGUUGAAUAAUUGGCUGGUUGAAUCUGGAGUGCCUUUAGAAGCUUCUAAUAUGGUUAUAAAUCAUAAAAAAAGGAAAAGGGUGGAUAUUGAAGAUGUUUUACUUUAAAAAAAGUUGUAUUUAUUUGUUUUUAAUAAAAUCUAAUUACAU